AGAAGAAAACUUCUGUUGUUGUUAAUGUUUACGUCAAUGUCCGUUAGUUUCAGUUUCAUUUCUGAGUUUUGGCGCAUGCGCACUUUGCGCACUACGCCUCCGAGUCUCGGGUCUUUAAAUGUAGGUUUGUCGUAAGUUUCUGUAAAUCUGUGUCUGAUUUCCUCUGUAAUCCUCUUCUUUUCUAUCACCUGUAUCAUGUGAUGGUGAAAUCAUUUUCAGUGGGAGCUGACUGGGUUGGUCCGUGGGUCCGUGGGGUUAAACCGGGUCAGACAGGUCUGUACGCAGAUCCAGGAAGAGGACCAACAGCCUGAGCUGAGUGGAUCUGAAAACUGAGGUAAACAUUCACCAGUCUAACACUGGUGUCAGCUGUGUAAGGCCAGACAUGGACUGAGCUAAGCCGAACCCGGACCCUGAGCCAAAGACCAGGACCACAGAAGAACCCGGACCAUGAGAAAACACCUCCACCAGUAGUUCAUCCAGGGCUCAGAGGUGAACCCCCUUUCCCCUCCACCCCUCCACCAUGGAGAAGACAGCUGAACACACAGAGGAGGGGCUCUCAUCCUCCCAAAGCAUUGUGGGGAGGGAUGAUGGGUACCACGCAGCGGAAAGGGUCCAGCAGAGACCACGUUCCCCUGUACAGAGCUGUGUGUCCUUGAAGAGCGACCAGUCCAUGGAUCCUCCGUUCCAUUUCAAACACAGUGUGUGCCAUACUUCCAGGGAUUCCAGGACCCUGCAGAGGUCUCAGAGCUGGGAGUCUCUGAAGAGUGACUGGUCCAUGGAGCCUCCGUUCCAUUUCAAACACAGGGUCCAGCAGAGACCACGUUCCCCUGUACAGAGCUGUGUGUCCUUGAAGAGCGACCAGUCCAUGGAUCCUCCGUUCCAUUUCAAACACAGAAUUGUGCAAAGACCCCUGAGCUGUGAGUCCCUGAAGAGUGACUGGUCCAUGGAAGCUGGUCCUGUGUCCUUCACAUGUGGACAGACCUCCAAUCAAAGUGACCAGCAGAGGUCAGAGGUCACAUGUCCAACCGACCAGGGCUCAGUAUUGGCGCUGCUUGAGGAGAAGAUGGUUGCAUUCGUGAAGAAGGAACUGAAGUUUUUUUUCCAGGCUCCUCAGUCCAGAUUACCAAGACUUUUCAUCAGAGUCCAGAGAUGAUGGUGCUGAGGUAGACAGUGAGGAGGCGGA